CAAACAUCCACCAACCCUAUAAAAGCCCGUGUGACACUCUCAAAAUUGAGAGUGUUGUGUGUAUUGAAAGAGAAGCGAAUACGCUUGCUGGAGCCACUCUCGCCUCAACAAUAACAUGGCUGCAAGGUUGUUGUGGGCUUCAAGGGCUGCUUCUCACCUCAGGAUCUCAGUCUUUCCUAGGGGUUUUGCUACAGUUGUGAAGGAUCUGAAGUAUGCUGAUUCUCAUGAGUGGGUUAAGGUUGAUGGCAAUUCUGCUACCAUUGGCAUAACAGAUCACGCUCAAGAUCAUUUGGGCGAUGUUGUAUACGUUGAAUUGCCAGAAGUUGGGGUAGCAGUAAAACAGAACACUAACUUUGGUGCAGUUGAAAGUGUUAAGGCUACUAGUGAUAUUAAUUCUCCAGUUUCAGGAAAAGUAGUGGAAGUUAAUGAAGAGCUCAACAAUUCGCCUGGUUUGGUUAACUCGAGCCCAUACGAAAAAGGUUGGAUUAUGAAGGUUGAAAUAAGUGAUGCUGCUGAGUUAAGGAACCUGAAGGACUCAGAUGAGUACUCCAAGUUCUGUGAAGAAGAAGAUGCAGCACACUGAGUAGGGCACGGCAAUGAUGGAAAUUUAGCACUUCCCAUGAAGGGGCUUACUUGUUGCAUAUCUUAUGAUGUUACCACAUCAAGGAAGCCAGAAACCGAUUUGCUUCUCUUUUAUGUUGUCAUUCAGUCGUGUUUCCAUUGUUUUCUUGGGAUAAGUUGAUAAUCCUAAGUUUCUCAUUAGAGUAAGCGUUAGUUUAUUGAUGCUUUGAGCUUUGAUUUGAUUCUUAAAGACUUUCUGGUUACGGCCUUAUUGAAUUGUUUAAGAUUAGCGGUUUCCUUGAUUAA